AUGACGAUUAAUAAAUCUGAAGUUGGAGUCGAUAAUUUGCUUAAAGAAAUAGAUGAUGAGCUAGAAUACACGUUCAACGAUAGCAAACAGGACUCUCUCCUGGAAGAUCAGCAGGUGCUCGUUGACGGUCAAUUUCAAAUCCCCCUUCAUGAAAUCGGGGAUGAAACCAUGGAAAUGAUUGUAACAUAUAAUACAACAACUAACAAGUCGUUGGAUCCAGCAUCGAUACCACUGGCGGAAGAAGAUAUCAUAGACACUAGCACAGGGAUUAAGGGGAAAUCAGUGAGUUUUCAUGUACCCUCUCCCUUGGAAAAAGAAAUAAAUAAAACGGAAUAUAGCAAACUCGAGAAAAACUCCGAUGACAAAGCUGCUGAGCUAAAUCUCGAUCAAAAGUUUAUUGAUCUUUCCGAAACAACUGACUUGUCUGAAUAUGACAAUAGUUCUGCCUUCCUAAAUAGUAAAAUAAAGGAAGAAAAUACUCCUUCUGACAAUUCAUUCAUAAAAAAAUUCAAAAUUGCACAACUGUCAUCAGAUGAAAGUACCGAAAGCAGCAUAGCCAACGAGACUGAUACUGAACAUCCUUAUGGUGUCUCACAAAUUGAAAAGAGAUUUUCAAAACAAAUAUCUUCAAUUCAUUCAGAUUUGAAUCAACUGGCGAACAAAAGUAGUAUACAAGCAAUACAGGCACUUAGUGAGCAAUCAAAGAAAGACAACACUACUAUAUCUGCAAGUGAUUCCUUUGGUACAGAUAUAUCAGCUCCUAUUCAAGAUUUGCAGAUUAAUGAAGAAUUAUCCAUUUCCGUGGAGCAAAAUAACGUCGUCUCGGCCUCAUCUAACAAUGAAGCCGUAGCUGAUAUCAUCUUAUCUGGCAUGCCAAAUUUGCCAAAACUGCCGAGCUCCCGUACUAUGAGUUCUAUCAUAAAUCCAACUAGUGAUUUGUCGUUAGAAUCUGUUGGUUCUGAAAAGGAUAAAUCCAUAUCCAAUGAUGUACUAGAAUCAAUCGUUGAUAACUCAAACAGCCGAGGUGAAUCAAUUACUGAAAACUUAAAGGACCCUCAGCCAUCAAAGAAAAAUAAAAAAGCCCAACAAGUAUCCAGGAAACUUUCGAGAACUAAGAAUUCAAAGAAUACCAUUCCCGCAUCACCUCUUCCUGUAUUGCCAUCAAUAGAUCUUUCCAACCCUUUUGAAGAUUAUCUGAAUACUACUGAAGAAUCAACAUUUUUAGCCAAUCCUGAAACUCCUUCAACAUAUCUUUCCAUUUGGCAUUCACAAGCUGGAACUAAACCGAUAAACUUUUUAGAUUCUACAUCUCCAGUCUUAAGCAUAAAUUCCCAAUUUACCAACUUAUCCAAAGCCAGUGCAUUUUCGACACCGCCAAUAUCUUCACAUUAUAAUUUUAAACCAAAAGUUGUUAAAAAGAGUAAAAUAUAUCAAAAAGAAUAUACGCCAGUUCCUUGGGUAAAGAAAACUACCCCAAAAAGAAAACAAGAACCAACUUCAGACUUGGUCCCCGAGACUGAUAUAGAUACUCUGAUAACUAACGAAGAACCCGCAAAACCAUCCACCAUAGAAAAACCUCUAGCUGUGAAGGGCUUAGGAACCUCUCAUUUUGUAACAAAAGCUACUACAGACAUUGAAAACGAUUCUAUUAUUGAGAUUGAUGCUCCUUCUACUCCGAUUAAAGAGCCUUCUCUUCCAUCUUUCUCUGACAUGAGAGGUGAUGCAUUUGAAUCCUUCCUAAAUCAUUUGGAUGAAGAAAUUACUCAGGAAACUGCGAAUAAUUCAUUAAAUGGGAAACAUGAAAUAUCAAACGUACAAUUUUUGGAAUCACUCCCUCACAAGAAAUCAAUUCAAAAUAACAUUUUAGGAGACGAUAUGAGUCUUAACAAGCAACCCCAAGAAGAUUCUUUCGAAUAUAUUGAUCUUACUAAAACUCCAAUCCAAACUCCUAAAAUUCAACAUUAUCAUGUUGAAAGUCCAUUCAAAGUGGUUAGUCCAUUGAAACUCUCCAAGGAAAAAACUGAGGGAAAUACUAAUACAGAUCAUGAUGAUAAACCAAUAUUGAAAGAGAAAGUCCCACCCUCUGAGGAUAUCGAAGGUGAAGAGGAUCUUCAGGUAUUAGAGCUUCCAGAACCUGAUCAUAACGAUACCGAACCUGUUGCAUUGAAAGAUCAAGGUAUAGUUUAUAUAACGUUAGAAGGUCUUUCAAGGCUAAAGUUAGAUGGCAUCAACUCUCACAGGGCUGCAUACUCGAUUGAAAUUUCCCUAAAUGGCUGUCAAACAACACUACCCUGGAAAAAUAUGCCAUCCGAUGGAAGUAUAGAUUUAGCAAAGAAACUAAGUGUUGUUCUUGAUUCAGAUAAAACAAAAACCAAUAUCCUAAAAGUAACAAUAAAAUGCCGUUAUGAAAGGCAAAAGAAUGAAAUUGUUGAAGUAGUUGAAAAGAUUCCUGUAAAGCAAAAUUUUUUGUUUGGUAAGAAGAAGUACAUUUCGAAAACAAAAUAUGUUCAAGUACCUGUAAGGCCUGAUGAAUGGGUUGAUAUAAUAAAAAAUGAUGGCACGCUUGCAGUUUGUGAGUUUCCGUUAGAACAAAAGGUUUUGGAGCAUGCUGCAUUCCAAACCCAGAAGUACGAUUUGAACCUCGUUAAUAAAUGGACCCGUAAUUCUCAUAAAAAUAAUGAAUGGGUUCUUGGAACAAUGGCAGUGAGUUUAUGUUAUUUAAAAAGGUCGUCCGAUUUGGAAGUAUUUCCUUCCACAUUUGAGAUUGCCGAAAGGAUUAUAAAGAAAUGUCAAAUUCAAAACGAUAUUACUAAAGAAGGAUAUCUAUUACAGCAAGGAGGUGAUAUUAAAGGUGGGCUACAGCGUAGAUUUUAUAGAUUACAAGGAACCCAGUUGACGGGUUACCAUGAAGUGUCAAUGGUUCCACAAAUUAUUAUAAACUUGUUGAAAGUAAAAAGUGUUUUGGGAAGUGAUGAUAUGGUUAAGGAAGAUGAAAGAGUAUUUACGAACCACACAAAUUUAAUAUUACUUGGAGAUUGCUUAGAUUUAGUUUUCGAGAACAACGAGAAGAUGACCUUCACCGUCGAAUCGUCGAUUGAAGAUCAUAAGGAUUGGUACAUGAAAUUGAAAGAGGUUGUGGACUUGAAUGUUAGUCAUCAACCCUGGACCAAGAAAAUGGUCGAAUAUGCUCUGAUAUGGCGUAGGUAUCAACAACAUUGA